AUAUGAGAGAAAUUAAAAAUAGCUGCUAUUAAAUAAAUAUCUAUCGUCUCAAGUUUCUCUAUCAGUUCCAUCUUUUUUUUUUAAUAUAUGAUAAUACAUUCGUAGGUUGACUAAAUUUAAAGACUAAAUUUAUUAAGGCCCAAAUGCACUAAUGUCACUUUUGAUUUUAAGUGAGAUUUAAAACUAUCCGUCUCAUUUUAAAGCUAAAAAGAGACAGAGAUAGAGAGUUUUAAGCGUUACUUAAAAUCAAAGUUGAUGCAAUCGAGCCUAAGUAAUAUACAAUUCUCAAAAAAAAAAAAGAAAAAUAAUUUCAACUCAUUAGAACAGCAUGAUAAAAAAAGAUGAUCGUUGCACUCAUUGAAUCCUAAAUAAGUAUGCAAAUAUUCCAAGAGAAUCGUUUUCCACAUUGGUGAACACACAUUUGACACUUGAAUCGAUGCGACGGUGAGUAAAGUAGUUUAACAUAAUGUAAUACUCCGUUAUCGAUUUUCGCUGUUGUCUUAUCAGUACAGCUGUUUUGUGCAGACAUGACGCAUCACUUUCGAAACAUCUCGAAGUAAUCUUUGGAUAAAGUCCAUUAAAUGUCGAUGAGUUGUCACAUUGUCAGUGUAUUGGAUAUCGAUGAGAGUAUGUAAUAUGAGAGUGGAGAGUAUUACAGUGGAAUAAAUUAGUAGCAUUCCAGUACUGCACAGUACCAUUUCGUAACACAAUGACGAGGAUUGGAAAUUGCGCGUUCCAAAAAUUCAACGCUGGAAUCAUAUUUACGUGCGUGCUUGGUCUCAUUUUUUCGUACUAUGCUUACGCCGUGGAGGUCAAAAAGGAUCAAGAUGAUUCGUACCAGCCGCUGUGCGACAUUUCCGAACAUAUAAGCUGCACUAAAGUAUUUAUGACCGAGUAUGGCAAAGGAUUCGGAUUGUUUCCAAAAGAUUCUAUGUUUAAUGUCCGAAAUCCUAUAUAUGGUUUAAUGUUUUAUACUCUGGUCGCAAUUUUAAGUAUGAUUAAUAAUUACAUCUUUUCGGCUGCAACUGUUAUUCUGGGAAUAAUCUCUAAUAUUUUUUCAAUAUAUUUAAGCCAUAUAUUAUAUUUACAGAGAGAUAUCUGCGUUGUAUGUAUUAGCACGUACAUUAUAAACGUAAUGAUUACAUUUUUCGCUAUCAAAAAAUUCCGACAAUUCCAAAAAUUAGCCUCAUACGAUAUGUAUAAAAAGGUGAAAUAAAAAUAAAAAAGAAUUAUAUUUUUUGCGAUCGAUCAAAAAAUAUUUUAAUAAUUUUUUUCUAUUCUCUAUUUUUGUAGAAUUUAUACAAUGUAUGGUA